AUUCGUGUGUAUCGAGUCUGAAAGGUAAUCUGAGGACAGUGAACGGGUGGCAAAGCAGGAAGAGACCAUCGGCCAUGUCCCCGCACCGUGAGCGCCUCACGCGCUUCUACCAGAAGUACAACGCCGACAAGCUGCAUGAGAUUGACGGUGUACUGGAGCGCUUCAAAGGACGCGAGGCGCAGCUGUUCUCAGCGCUUGUGAAGAAGUACGGCCCUGAGCCCGCCGAGGAUGAGACGUUCGACGCAACUGCUAACUCCGAAGAGGAGACGGAGGAGGAAGCCCCGGCUGCAUCUGCCGCUGCGCCAGAGUCGGUGGAUGCGAAGGACUUUAACUACCAGAGACUGCUGGCCUUCUAUCAGAAAUACAACCCCGAGAAGGUCGGAGAUGUGGCCCAAGUGCUGGCCAAGUACAAGGGCAAGGAGUCCAAGCUGUUCGACGCGCUAGUCAAGAAGUACGGCCCGGAGCCAGGCGACUCGGACGAUGAAGAAGACGCUCAGGAAGACGAUAACGAGGAUGAAGAGAGUGAGGAGGAGGAGGAUGACGGCCAGCCCAAGCUGCGUCACGUGGAGUACUGCCCCAUUGAUACCUUCCCGCCCGAGUACUGCGAGUACGGCCCCAUGUUUAACGAGUGCAAACCGUGGCUGGCUGAACACUGCCCUGAUCUGAUGCUCACCAAGUAUAACCGCACUGUGGCUGAGCUGCUUGAGGUGGAGCAGCAGAUCGCUGACGGUGUGGAAGGCAUCACACUGGAGGUGGAGGGCAAGACCGUUAAGAAGAAAAAGAAGAACAAGAUCGAGGAGGCGGCGAAGCGGAAGGAGAACUGCAUGGUGACUAUCUCCAAGAGCUCUCGUAAGGGCCGUAAGCGUCUCACCUUCGUCACGGGCCUCGAGGACUUUGAGGGCGUUAACAUCAAAGACGCCUGUAAGAGCAUGGGCAAGAAGUUCGCCUGCAGCUCGUCGCUGUCCAAGACGGACCAGGGCCAGCAACAGAUUCAACUGCAGGGCGACUGCGUGACCGAGUUGCUAGAGGUGCUGCCGGAGAUGUUCGGAGUGCACGAAGACCAGAUCAUCGUCAUCGAUGAGCCCGUCAAGGCAGGCAAGAAGGGCAAGAAGUAGUUGAAGUCAUACAUAGCUCCCUAGCAACUCAAAUACAGCUUCUGUGCUCGUAAAGUGUAAAACCGCUGCUCUCAAAUUGUAAAUAUGAUCUUGAACUGU